GGGGAAGGAGAGGUCAGUUUCCAAGCUCCCGGUGCCUGAACCUCUGCCCUCUGGCUCCUAGUCAAAGGCCUCCUGAAAGUCCCAGUCCUCAGCAGGUGGACUCCAGGGCUAUCCAUGCACUUCUUUGGCCCACUUGGCCCAGCGGCGAAACUCCAGCUCCCGGAGCCCAGAGGUCAACUCGCGCACCUGCCGCCUCUGUCCCGGAGCGGCCACGAUGGGUCUUUCGAAGAAUGGGUCCUGAGCCACUGAGAAACCCUGUUACUACUUUGUGUCCCUCCCCUGCGCGGCAUCCUCCCCACCCCCAGUGCAGCAGCGAAGACCCGAGCCGAACGCGCUGGAGCCCGGACCUCCAAGCAGGCGCGUCGGGUCGCCGGGCGCUCGGAGUCGCGCGGGUAUCCACCCGUGUCUUUGUGUCCCAGGCGUGGCCCGGGCCGGGGGAAGAGGAGGGGCGUCCCGGCCCCGCCCCAGGUCCCGCCCUGUGUCCGCGCCCGGGCUGUCCGGCGUCUAGGCUCAGAGCCGAAGCCGGGCGUCCGCCGGCUCUGUGCGGCGCGGGCCGCGAUGCGCGCCCGCCUGCGACCCCCGCUCUCGGGCCUGGGUGUGGCGCGGCCUCAUGGCAGGUAGCGGCGGCCUGGGCGGCGGGGCCGGGGACCGCCAGGGCACCGGGCCGGGGCAGGGGCCCCCACUGAGGGCGCCCCGCGCGCCGCUUGCGCUGGUGGCUUUGGUGCUCGGCACCUACUGCCUCUGCGCCCUCCUGCGCCACUGCCCGCCGACCUCCCGCGCCCCGGCACCCGCCCCGGCGCGCACAGAGUUGCCCCGAGCUGCCCGCCGCCCUGGAGUGCCAGGUCUGCCGGUGGCCAGCGGUUCGGGUCGCAGGCGCUUUCCGCAGGCGCUCAUAGUGGGCGUGAAGAAGGGCGGCACGCGCGCCCUGCUGGAGUUUCUGCGGCUGCACCCCGACGUCCGCGCGCUCGGCUCCGAACCCCACUUCUUCGACAGGUGCUAUGAGCGCGGACUCGCUUGGUAUCGGAGCUUGAUGCCACGCACCCUGGACGGCCAGAUCACCAUGGAGAAGACCCCCAGCUACUUCGUGACGCGGGAGGCCCCCCGCCGAAUCCACAGCAUGUCCCCAGACACGAAGCUGAUCGUGGUGGUGCGGAACCCAGUGACCCGGGCCAUCUCCGACUAUGCCCAGAUGCUGUCCAAGACCCCUGGCCUGCCCAGCUUCCGUGCCUUGGCCUUCCGUCACGGCCUGGGCCCUGUGGACACGGCCUGGAGUGCUGUUCGCAUCGGCCUCUACGCCCAGCACUUGGACAACUGGCUGCCCUACUUCCCCCUGUCCCACUUUCUGUUUGUCAGUGGUGAGCGCCUGGUCAGCGAUCCAGCGGGAGAGGUCGGGCGCGUGCAGGACUUCCUGGGCCUCAAACGGGUUGUCACUGACAAGCACUUCUACUUCAAUGCCACCAAGGGCUUCCCCUGCCUCAAGAAGGCCCCAGGGAGCAGCCGCCCCCGCUGCCUGGGCAAAUCCAAGGGCAGGCCCCACCCCGUCGUGCCCCCCGCUGUGGUCCAGCGCCUGCAGGACUUCUACCGGCCCUUCAACCGCAAGUUCUACCAGAUGACUGGCCAGGACUUUGGCUGGGACUGAGCAAGCCGCAGGCAGACACGUCCUGGACACUCGGUAGCCGUACUUUACGUCUGGCCAGAGCAGGCUGCCUACUCAUGCUGGGUAGAGAAUAUUUAAGGAAUAAAGUCUGGGUGGGUGUCUUUCCACUUGGCCUCGGAUGGGAAGUGCUCACACCAGGUGACUCUACAGGUGCUGACGGAGCUUCAGGUGCCAUCCUAAACCCAUUCCUGACGCCUUCUUGGAGGUGGCAAGCACUUGGUCACAUGUCACAGAUUAAUUUAUGAGGCUCAGAGAGGGUUAGGGCCUGCCUAGUGACACAUAGCUUAACUCUGGUGACUCGGGAGGUUCCAGUCGGGCUCUCUUCUUGAACUUGGGAGGAUGAGCAGGGUUGGCUCCAAUCUGGGAUGAGGAUAUUGAGACCCUGGGUUGCCCCUCUGUGGUGGGCACGACUGAAGUCGGGUCUGGCCAACUGUGCCUACUGCCCCCAUGACCUCAGCUGAUCCUGCACCCAUUUCCGGGGUUGCUCCCUCCUGGCAGCCUCCUGGAACUGCCAGGCAGUGAGCUGCAGAUGGCUUUCAGUCAAGCCCGUAGAGUGGAGUCCGACCCACAAGACCCUGCCCACUGCCCCAGGCCCUCACUGCCCCAGCCAGAUCUGCUGCCUUUAUCCUGUGCCUUCCCCCAGGACAGGACAGGAACCAGUGCCCAUCUGCAGCCCAGCUGCCCACUCCUAACGAGUGAAGCCUCUGCAGACUUCUGCAGGCUGGGGUGCUCCUCCACCCCUCUCCGGGGGAAUACGAGGCCCCCUCAGUAAUGACUCUCACCUGCUCCUGGCUUUGCUGGCCACCAUGUGCCUACCAGCUGCUCUAAUAAUGACCCUGGCACUGCUGGGCCCAGCCCCGCAUGCCCGUGCUGUCCUGACCUGCAACAGGGCCUGGCUGUGUUCUUGGCACACCAGGCUGCCUCUUGGAUUUCAUGGCUUGUCCUUGCUCCGGAUGUGGCCUUUCUACUUCUCGGUUCCUUGGGCUACUCUGUCCUGGGUCUCAGGGACACAAGCAGCGAGGGAUAGUUCAAGGGACUGGAUUGGGGGCAAUAUCACCGUGAGCCAGUGGCCCCACCAGUCACCACGUCCUCUGUCUUUGUCACAUGAUCCCGUCAUGUUGUGGACACAGGGUCAGUUAAUGUUGGUGUUCCAAGAGGCUUACUGGGCCAGAGGAGGUCGAUGGGGACAUGGGUCUCUGGCUGUCAGAGCCCUGCCCGCUGCUCCUACUACUCUGUGGGCCCAGUGGAGCUGGGCUGAGGGGCUGGACCUGUCUCAGGUCCCUCCUUCCCCUGCAGGUCGGGGGACGGUUACAGGCUCCCCUCCUGGCUCCCACUGAGCAAGUGCAGUUCCAGUGUGGUGGGCAGAUGUGGGCCCAGAUGUGAGGAGAUGAGCACCUAGCCUUCCCCAGACUCAAGACUGUAACCAGGUGAGGAAGGGACAGAGAUCCACUCCAGGACCCAGCUGGGCAGUGAGUGCUAGGCUUGGUGGUGUGUUCCCAUCCUCCGAGCUGGGUGGAAGGGAAGGCAGGACAGCCCCAGCCAGUUCCAGCCGGGUCCAUGCACAUGCACAUCCCCUCUUCUCUCUGGACGCUGAGCUUGCUCUGUCUGGGAGCCUCAGGCCCCCACCAUCUCCUGGCCCCUCUUUUGUCCUCCUACAAUGAGCUCUCUGAAUGGCAGCUAGAGGAGUGUCUUCAGAUUCCAUUAUUUCAAAAUGCUCCAAUCCCAGCCCUACCCCCACUGCUUCUCGGAUGAAGACCAGAUGCCUGCCUGCAGCUGUGAAGGCCCUCUGGGCUCUCCCCACAUCUGCCUGCUCCCUCAGCCCUUAGGGGCCUGCCAUGAUGGCCCUGGCUGGUUCCUCACGCCUGCUCUGCUCCUUCCAACCUCAGGGACCUGGCACAUGCUGCUCCUCUGUCUGAAGCGCCUGUCCCCACAGCCAGUGUGGAUGGAGGUGGAGGGCCCAGCUCCUGCGUGGGCUGCUUUCCUCUCCCACCUGCGUUUAGAACAGCUUUUGUGAGCUCAUCCAGGUGACCCACUUUCCUUUAGGGCUCAGAGUUGUGGGGCACUGGUUUACCUGGCUUUGGGGCCUGGGCCCAGGGCUCAGGGACAGAUUCUGGAAGCAGAGGGACAAGGGGUGGGCAGGCAUGCCUGCUUGUCCCGUCCAUGGGAGCUCAGCCUGCGGGUGGAUGCCCAGUGCAAGGUGUCCAGCUGUGCUUCAGAACACACUGUGUGCAGAUGUGGUGGGUCCUGCAGGCUGUAUGGCGUGUGUGGGGGGGUAACUCCUUGGGGGAGUCAUCAGCCUUUAAUUAAAGUAAAUUGUU